UUUGCCGCUUUCUUCUUCUCGUCUCCAUCUUCUUCAUCAUCUCUCUAUCUCUGUCCCCAAAGUCGCUCUUUCUUACGCAAAAGCGAACGCAGAUCUUAAUGCAGCUACUUUGAUUUCGAUUUCUGGGUUACAUAACUUUUUGGUGAUUGGAUUUGCUCUUUUUGGUUUGAUCAGCAUCUGGGUUUUUUGCAAAGCAUUCAUAUUACUUCCACUGAUUCAAACAUGUGGAAGUUUAAACCGUUUGCUCAGAAAGAACCUGCGGGUCUCGAAGGUCGAUAUCUUGAAAUAGGAAAUCUAAAAGUUCAGGUUAGAAACGUCAUUGCGGAAGGAGGUUUCUCCAGCGUUUACUUAGCUCAGGAUGCAAAUCACGCGUCAAAGCAAUACGCUUUGAAGCACAUCAUAUGCAAUGAUGAGGAGUCCCUUGAACUUGUAAUGAAAGAGAUCUCGGUUCUGAAAUCUCUCAAGGGACAUCCUAAUGUCGUCACACUCUUUGCUCAUGGCAUCUUGGAUAUGGGGAGAAAUAAAAAAGAGGCUCUUUUGGCUAUGGAAUUAUGCGGUAAAUCUCUUGUGGAUGUGCUUGAGAACAGAGGGGCGGGUUAUUUUGAAGAGAAACAAGCCCUUACAAUUUUCAGAGAUGUGUGUAACGCUGUCUUUGCAAUGCAUUGUCAGUCCCCGCGCAUAGCUCACAGAGACUUGAAGGCUGAGAAUCUUCUAUUGUGCUCAGAUGGGCAGUGGAAGCUAUGCGAUUUCGGAAGUGUUUCGACAAAUCACAAGAUUUUUGAAAGAGCAGAAGAGAUGGGCAUUGAAGAAGAUAAUAUAAGAAAAUACACAACACCAGCAUAUAGGGCUCCUGAGAUGUGGGAUCUCUUUCGAAGGGAGAUGAUAAGCGAGAAGGUCGAUAUAUGGGCUCUUGGAUGUCUCUUGUUUCGGAUUUGCUAUUUUAAAAGCGCAUUUGAUGGAGAAUCAAAGCUGCAGAUUUUAAAUGGGAACUAUCGUAUUCCAGAAUCCCCUAAAUACAGUGUAUUUGUUACGGAUCUCAUCAAAGAUAUGCUUCAAGCUUCACCUGAUGAACGACCAGAUAUUACACAGAUUUGGUUUCGUGUCAACGAGCAGCUUCCUUCUAAUUUACAGAAGUCAUUACCUGAUCGACCACCUGAAAUGCAAUCUGCUGGAGUCCAUGAUGGUGUAUCAAAAUCAGCAAAUAAAUCUUCUUCAGGACCUCGCAGAAGUCCGCCACCGCCACCACCGUCGUCUGGAGAAUCAGAUAGUGGAGGACCGCUUGGUGCCUUUUGGGCGACUCAGCACGCUAAAACCUCUGUCGUAUUAGAAGAAAACAAAAGCAUGCCUAAAUUUGAUGAACCAAACAGCCACAACAGUAACACAUCUAAAUCUGAAAGAGUUCGUGUGGAUAGUCAUCAUCCCAAAAAGCCUAGUCCUGUGAGAGGAGAGGCUCGUGGUAUGCAAAGAAAUAAAGAUCUUGAAUCUACGGUUUCUCAGAAGGAUACAAGUCCUGCUGCAACCAAUAACAGGACAAGAGUGUCCAAAGAUGAUGCCUUUAACUCGUUUGUUGCUGACUUUGAUACCGCGAAGCUUGAUAAUGGUAAUAAACCCGGAAAAGAAGAGGCGUUGGUAGCUGAGAUAGAGAGGUUAAAAGAUGAGUUGAAGCAAACAAAUCUAGAGAAGGCUGAGAUAACAGCUAAGUUUGAAAAGCUUUCUGCUAUCUGCAGAUCGCAGAGGCAAGAGUUGCAGGAUCUCAAACAAACACUUGCCUCCAAAAGUGCUUCACCAUCACCGAGCAGAGACUCAUCACAAAAUCAACCCUCUCCAGGGAUGCAUUCUAUUUCAUCAACUCCACCGAGAGAAAAGAUGGAAGGAACUAUGUGGGAACUUCAAAAGGACAGAUCUGAUUGGUCAACUGGAAGCUCGGAUCCAAAUUCAUGGCAACCUUUUAGUGAUGGUGUGAAACCCGUGUUGGAGUCUGCAUCGAAGGGUAACAGUAAUACGAUGAAUCAGUCUGUGAGAACUAGAAGUAAACCGGCUUCUGCUGCAGGUACCCAAGGUUUUGAUGCAUGGGGUUUUGAGACAGAAUCUUUCAGAGCUGCUACACCAUCUCCAGCAGCUACUUCCGCUUCUGCAACACAAAGAUCUAUGGGUUCAGGAAACAGUGCACAGAGAUAUGGGAGCUCAAAGAUGAGAGAUAACCAGAAAACAGCUCAACCUGCUGGAUGGGCUGGCUUCUAAAAAUCACUCGAUGCUCAUUACUAUUUAUUCCUCUUGCAAAAACAGCAGCUUCGUAUUGCGACUAAAGAAUCUUAAAUAUUUUUGUAGAUGAUGAUCAAACCUGUGCUGCUAAAUAUACCCACCCAUAUAUCUAGUAUUUUUUUUAUGUAGAUCCUGAAACUUGAUUACUCUACACAUCUGGUUUUUGGGGUUAUGUAUAAUGCAUUUCUGAGCCGUGUACCUCAUGCUUUUAAAUUAUGGAAUGAAUGAAUAUUUCUUCUU